AUCAUCAAACACGCUCAUUCUCAAAAUAGCAUUAUCGCUUUAUCCUCAUCUAUACUAUAAGCUCAACAAUAUGGAGCAAAUCCUUUUCUUCUCUCUCCUCUUGCUUUCUUCGUCUUUUUCUUCGUUCACAUUAGCUCAGUUAACACCAGCUGCAGCGCCUAAACCUCCGGCAAAACCCGCACCAGCCGUUCCGGUGCCGGCUCCGGCAAAGCCCAUCGUUGCCAGUGGACCAGAUUCUUCAGACACUUCGAAUGACGACAUCAUUAAGAUCCUCAGGAAGGCCAAAAACUUCAACUUCCUUAUCCGUCUCCUGAAAACCACCCAGCUGAUCAACCAGAUUAAUUCGCAGCUCAUAGCCACGAGAUCCGUCAGCGGCUUAACCAUUCUCGCUCCCGAUGACGAUGCCUUCAACGAACUUAAAGCUGGAUUCCUCAACUCUCUGGACGAUAACCAGAAGAUCGAACUCUUGCAGUUCCACGUCCUUCCGGUUUACGUCUCGAGCUCCAACUUCGACUCGCUGACGAACCCGGUCAGGACACUCGCCGGACUGAACCCGAGCAGGUUGCAGCUGAACGUGACGGCUUAUGGAAACAUGGUGAAUAUUUCAACCGGGGUGGUGAAUACAACUGUUGCAGGCAUUGUUUACACCGAUAGGUCGCUGGCGAUAUAUCAUUUAAACAAAGUGUUGCUCCCGUUGGAUUUCUUCAAGCCAAAGGCUCUCGCACCGGCGCCAUCGCUGGCACUGGCUAAAGCUCCGAAAGCUGAUAGAGAGAAUCCGUCUAUGGAAGGGGACGAUGACGACAGUGAUACCGCGAAAAAGGACAAGUCUGGGGCUGCCGGUUUGCAUGGCACCUUUGUAGCAACAACGUUGGUGUCUGUCGGAGUAGCUUUGGUUGCAGCAACAUUAACGACGUCGUAUUGAAGCUGAAUUACGCCAUUUUGCAAGAUGUUAAUAAUUGUUUUCUUUCUUCUUUUUCCCCCAAUUUUUCCCUUUUAAUUUUAUGUUCGUUCUAAUUUUGUUGUUGUGGCAUGGGGAGAGACUGAAUGGAGGGAUAUGUAUGUGAAGCGUUGGCUUUAUAUUCGUGUUUUUCAAUGAGAAAGAUCGAUGUGAUUGUUUGUUGGGUGA